AUGGCAAAGUACGAGGCGUUCGUGCUGACGGCCGCCAAGUGCGAACCAGUUUUGUGCAGUGAGCGAACGAGGGAAACCGUGCUGUUUCUGCGUACCCCAUCGAAGGUGCCCGUUGCUUCGUUGUUUAGCGUCCAGGUUCCUGUUGUACCUCCUGAGUCCAUCGAACUGUACAAACGUACGGUCGAACUUCCUCGAAAGAUUUUUGACUCUGAACUUACGGCCAACAUUUCGUUUACCUACCGUAAAUUUGGAUAUUCAUUGACACUGCCCGGUGCACGUCUGAUGUGUUAA